UUGUGUGCGCUGUGCGAAUUUUCGUUUCGCUGCGCAAUUAUCGGAUUUUUUCAGCGUUUUAGCGCUGAAACAACGAUUGACGAGCGGAAUCCGAUUCGGUGAGUUCUAACGAUCCAAAUGAUAUCCAAACCAUAGCCACAAUAGGUGGAAACCGACAAAAUCCAGUUAUCGAUUUUUCAUUUCCCCCGUUUUUCUACCAAUUUCCAGUGAUUUUCAGCCUCAAAACUCAUUAAUAAAAAAUGCUUAAACUUAGAACUACUUAAAAUAGUCUCACAUAUCUACCGAUUUUCAGAGCAGUCCCCCCGUUUUGUGUGUCCAGUUUUUUCUGUGAUGCGUGUGUGUGUAUUAAACCUGACCGACCGCGACGCGUCUGUUAUGCGUCGCGGUCGCGUUACGACCGUGAGCGUACCCCGUUCAAUCGGAAUCGCUGUGAAUCCCGUGAAGCGCGUAGUUUUUCAGAAAAUUACGUCACGGAUUUCUGAAAUCCUCUGAAAUUUUUUAUCGGAUUUUUGGAAUUUUUCAUGAUUUUUACGAAAAACUUUAUUUUUUUGCGAGAAAACUUGCUUUAAAAAUUUAUAGAUUUAUCGAAUUUUCGCAUUUUUCUGGGUUCUAUGGGUAGUUUUUGACGGGGAUUUUUAUCUGAAUAAUUUUAACUGUAAAAUUGUGAUUUUUCCGGGAUAAAAUCUGUAAUUUUCCGACGAUUUUUGUAGAGAAAAAAUAGUUGGCGCUGAAUGGUCGUGUCAGUCGAUGCGGGGAGCAGCGUCUGCCUCAGCACAAACUUCUUCGAGUUGGUCACCUCAUAUUCAAACGCCUUCUUCGUCACAACAAACACCACAAACUAGUGAGUCCCGGUUUUUUGGAAAUUAUUUAAAAAUAAUUUGAAAUGUAGCGGGAGGGGUUAAAAGCAUUCUUGUAAAAAGAUGAGCUAACUUGAUAUUUUUUGCAGACAAAGUGGUUGAAACAAUUCAUCGACCAGCUUCUGCGACAGCUUUAUUAUCAUCGUCGUCCGAUUUUUCUUCAACUUCUUCUAGAAUCGGUAAGACAUUUUUUGGGGUGAAGGAAACUGUAUUUUUGUGAUUAGAUUUGAAUUUGACUUGAGGAGAUUCUCUCAUUUUCAAAGCGUAAAAUAUGAAAAACCGUGGGGCAAACUGAAAUUUGAAUUUUAGACGUCGUGGGUGGUCCAAAUUUCGAAACUGAUUCAAAAGGUUUUUUGGCACAAAAUUACUGUAUUUAUUACAAAUUAGGAAAAACGGCUAAAACGUGAUUUUUUCCAUAUUUUUUUUAAACUGAAAUUUAUUGGAUUCUUCAGCUUCAAAUUCAUUUUUCGAAAAAUCAAACAAGGGGACUGUUUCAAAUUACAAUCGAGAUUUUUAAUGAAAUGUAUGUUUUCUAGUAGUUUUCGACCCGCUGAUCACGAUUCCGUUGUCUAAAACUGCAAAGCUCAACUCCUAACAUGAGUUAUGACGUGGCAAAGUUCGAAAAAUCUCGACUUUGGGAGGUCAAAACUAGCUCUCAAAAUGGUUUUCCCAAAGUCGCAAUUUCUCGAAUCUUGCCACGUCGUAACUCAUGUUUAGUUUUAGACAGCGGAAUCGUGAUCAGCGGGUCGAAAACUAACAGAAAACAUAUAUCUUAUCAAAAAUCUCGACUGAAUGGUUCAUUUUUUGCGCUCUCUAGGCGCGGCUCCUUGGGAACUAAGCAUCUCUAGGAUCUAACCCUUGAAAGUCGAAUUUCCUAGGCGUGGUUACUUGACAACUCUAACCCUCGUUUUUUUCCAGAAACAGCAAUAUCGACGUGCGCGGCUGCUGCGGCCGCAGCAGGAAGUCUGGCCGAGUCGAUAGUCGUCGUCAAAAAGCAACCCACCUCACCACUCGUCCUCGCCAAAGAUUCCGCCUCCUCCUCCACCACCACACCAACACCAACAACAUCGAAUGAUCCAGCACCAGCUGCGAGCAGCAAAAAAGAGGAGGACGUAUGCGAAGAUCUGCAUCAAAGUGCCACCGAAUCGUGCUCCACCUCCUCCUCACCUCUCCAACCGUGUUGUCACGAGGAGAACGGUCCGACGCACGACGGUGUUUUGCCAAGCACAUCGGCAGCGGCCACGAUUCAAAUGACCGGCAAUAAUGCGACGUUUACAUUGAAAAAGAUACGAUUCACAAUGCGGAUACCGGCAAAAGCUGCGCAUAAAUUGAAAAGAAUCGCCAAUUUUCAACCGAAUACAUUGCGAAGGAUAGGGUUAAGUGGGGUGAAGAUUGGCGAAGGUGAAAUGAUCAGAAUGGCUGAUGGUGUGCCACCACCAAUUAUUCCAAUCCCACCGGCAGUUCCACCUCCUGCAGCGAUUCCGAUCCCGAUUCCGAUUCCAAUUCAACAUCAUCAAACUCCAGCUCCAGCAAUGUCAACACCAAUACCUUCAACAUCUUCGUCUCAACCACAACCAUCUACCUCAAUACAACAAUCGCCUGUUUCAUCAUCUGAAUCAUCGCAUGAGUUGGGACAUAUGGAUCAGCCUCCAGUUCAACAGCAGCCACAGAUUCCGCAACAUCAACCACCAAGGCACUAUCCAGAACAUCCGAUUCAACGACUUCAAUCUCAACAAUCGAUGGGAAAUAAUGGGAAUAGUACGAAUGCAAAUAAUAGUCCGUUAUUGGUUAAUUUAUUGAGGUAAGGGGUUUUGCGGGGAGGGAAGGGUUUCAAAAUCUGGAAAAAAACAUCCUGGAUUUUUGACAGGCCAGAAAAGGUUAUUUUUUAGUCCCUGAUUACUCAGAUUUUAAACUAAUAGGAAUUGUGGGAAACUCAGAACUUUUGAAGCUUCCCAGGAUUUCUAGUUCAAAAUUUAGGCAUUUUGGAAUGUUCUGGUUGAGCCUGAGCUCUUGAAAAAUCAGGAUUUUUUUCAGAUUUUGAAAAUAAAUAUCUUGCAAGUUCUGGUUAAGCCCUACCUAAAUUUGGGCAAAAAUCAUUUUUUUUUGAAAGUAGAAAAAUUCUGACGUUUUUUCGAAAUAUCCUAAAAGUUUCAGCUUGAAAUUGUGGGGUUCAAUUUUGAUUCUCACUGGAGUACUUCUAGAUUCAGGCUUACAUUAGUAUCUAGAAUUUGCUUAGGCUCAAAUUUUUAACUAGGAAUCAUGGACAUUUUCGAAAGUUCAGGAAAUUUGUCAAAAAGGAUUCUAGUCACAUUUGGCGAGAGAGUGUCCCAAAAUUUUUGUGCAGCGUGAAAAAUGUUAAAUUUUUUGAAUAUUCUCAUAAAAAUCUGCUGAAAAAUUAAUGAACACUUCACUUUUUCGUGAAAAAAUGUGCAGUGAAAUGAAAAACAUUUUGAAAAUUUUUAUUGGCUUACCGCCCGAAUCGAAAUUUUGGUUUGGGCGGGAAUUUUUAUUUGAACAUUUUAGUACAGUCCUUUUUGGACACGUCUCGUCAGGCGUGAUUCUAGUUCCAAGUGAUUCAAAACUUGAAUUUUCAGCCGAAGUAUCUGGGUUCAAAAAGGGUCCACCUAAACUCAAGAAACCUCCCCCAACCCAUAAUUUUUUCCAGCAAUCAACAGCAACAAGUCGUUCCACAAUCUCAACAACAACAACAAACGCAACCAAUAUCCCAACCUCCCUCUGUUCCUCAAUCUCAACAUCCGCAACAACAGCUCACACCAUCAACCCCUCAACCACAACAGCAACACACUCCACAAAUGGGUGUCCCUCCACCCCAACAACCUCCCCAACAUCCUCAAAUGGUUCCACCGCAACACGGUCUACCUUAUGGUUAUGGACACCCGCAACAAGGAAUGAGUAUGCAGCAGAUGCAAGCGAUGCAGCAACAACAAUAUCAGCAAAGAAUGAUGCAGCAACAACAGCAGCAGCAGCAAGGGUAUUAUGUGCAACAGCAGCAAGCGCAAGCGCAGCAAAGGGCGCAACAAAUGCCACCGGGUUAUAUGGGAUAUCCACCAGCUGGAAUGGUGCAGCGAAUGCCUUCGUAUCCGGGAGGACCUCCUGGGCAGAUCCCGCAACAACAACAGCAACAGGGAUAUCGGAUAGGUGUGCCACCUCAGGCUCAGAUUCAACAACAACAAACAACACCCGAUGAAGCGCCACCCAAAAAGAAAAAGAAGCGACCGACGAAGAAGGAGAAGGAAGCGGCGGCUGCGGCUGCUGAACAACAACAACAACAAAAUCAGCAGCAGAUGCAUCCAUAUUAUCAACAGCAAAAUCCUGGAAUCUCAGCGCAACAUCAACAACAACAAGAGAGAAUAAUGCAGCAACAACAUCAUCAGCAAAUGCAGGUGAGUGUUUUUAGAUUUUGGGGAAUUUUUUGAGCUGAGAUUUCUUUGGUUCAAUGGAUUUUUUAACUUCAAACUCUGAAAAAAACGUAUUUUUCUGUGAAAUUCUGAAAAUGUGAACAAAAUUUGAAAAAUAUUUCAAAGAUUCCUGGAGCUCUAGAAAAUUCAAAAAUCUCGCAAUUUUUUGAGUCGAGAUACAGAAUUCUAUAGAUUUUUGAAUCUCAAAUUUAGUUUUUGGAGUGAAAAAUUUAUUUUUAAAUAAUUUUGGCUGAAAAAUGUUGUUCGGAAAAAGAGCAUGUUUUCGAACUAAAAAUAUUGAUUUUUUAGCAUUUAAUCUAAAUAUUUAACAUGAAUCUUAAAGCUCUAGAAGUUGUGCAAAAGACUGCCAAAAAUAUUGAUUUCUUGUUUUUCUUCCGCUUGAAACUCUGAAGUUCAAAUUUUCAAAAAAUUUUGAAGUGUUCAUGUUAAUCUAGAAUCCAAAAAUUUGAGAAUUUUUGGAAACAAUUCUGAAAAAGUGACAUAAAAUUAAUUUAGAAGGCUUCUCGAAGAUCUGAAGAUUUUAGGAAAGCCUUUUUUGUAUAAUUAAUUUACCUGGGCUUAUAAAAAAAUAGUUUUUGGAAUUCUGAAACAAAAACUCGAAAAAAUCAUAUUUUCCAGGGUUCCAUGCAAAUGCAACAACAACAACAAGCUCAAGUCCAACAAGUCCAAGGCCCUCCUCAACCACACGGUUAUCCACCUCAAUACCCACCAGGAUAUUCACAACAUCAACAACAACAAAUGUGGCAUCAUCAACAGCAACAACAAAGAAUGGCAAUGUAUCAGCAGCAACAACAACAAGCUCAGUGGCAGCAACAACAGCAAAGACUGCCAGUUCCCUAUCCGCCGGGAACUGUUCAGCAACAAGUUCCACAACAGGUUCCGCAAGCUGAACAUCAUCGAUUAUCUGGUGAUUUUUCGCAGCCUGGAAGUGUUCCGAGAGAAUUUACGCGAAGUGAUUCGAAUGCGAGUUUUGGUGGAAGUGGCGGAGGAAGUCAUCAUGCACCACAGCCACAGCAACAAAAUCAGAUACCAAAUGAUUUGACCGAGUUUUUGGUGUGUAAAAAUGAGCCGUGUAAGUUUUUUUUGCCCGAAAGCCUAUUGAUUUUGGACAAUAUUUUAAGUAAAAAUUCGGAAAAUUUAUCGAUUUUUCGAUCCAAAAACCUGAAUUUAUGCUAUUUUUAAUGAGUAAUUUAACAUUCCUUAAGGUUUUGAGCCAAAAUUCAGAAGUUUAUGAAAUCCUGAAGUUUUUUAAUUCGAAAAUCCUGAAAAUUUCAAUUCUUGGUCAAAAUUUCAUGGAUUUUCAAAGCAAAGCCUGAUUUUUCAACGAAAAAUCCUGAAAUUUCUUGAGUUUUCCGAGCCAAAACCCUGAAUUCCUAUCAAAAUCCCCCAUUUUUGCAGUAGCUGAUCUUGGUGAUUUGGGCGAUUUGGACGAUAUUGAGCCGAUGAAUCCGAGCACAUCGCAACAUUCGAAUGGAAGUGACAGUAGGAAUGAUAGGAUAGGUAAGCUCUUUUUCUUUGAAAAGUGGUUUUUUGGGCUGAAAAUGUUGAUUUCCAGAUAAAACCUGUGGAAAAACUGACAAUUUAAACCAAAAAAAUUUGUCUUUAUUUCAAAAUUAAUUAAAGUUCAUAAUUUCACCUGUUUAAAAUUUGUUUGGUAACCUGCUAUGAAAGUUCUAAAUUUCACCUGUUUUGUAUAGAGAAAUUCAGAAUCUUUGUUAGAAAAUUGACAUUUUUUUUGGAAUUCUGAAAUUUCAAUUGGAAAAUCUGAAAUUUUUAGCCCAAAUUGAAGAAUAAACAUUUUCUUAAAUAAGAAUUCAGAAAUUUAGAAUUUUCAAAAUUUUUUAAACAAAUUCUAGUCAAAAUUUAGAUUUUCACCUAUUUGUCUUGAGAAAUUUAGGAUUUUUAUUGGAAAACGAAAAUUUUCUUCGGAAAUUUGAAAAUUUCAGAAAAAAUUCUGAAGUUUUCUCUGAAAAUCUGAAGUUUAUGAAAUUUUUAGCCUUUUUUUCGCAAACCUAGACUUUUUAAAAAUUUUGAAAUUUCUUCAGAAAAACUUCCAAAACCACCCCAAACCCGUUUUGCAACAAAAUUCCAACUUCUAUAUUUUGCAGGUGCUUCAAUAGAAUCAGUAGUAGAAAUGGUGGCUCGAACAGGCGGUUCAGUGGAUUAUGGUUCGAUUCAACGACGUGGCAGUCAAAAUCAGAUUCAAAUCGACGAAGGAAUAUCACAUGAGCAUAAUAUGCGAGCACAUGCAUUUCAUGGCGGAGCUGGAAAUGUGCCAAAUUCAUCACAACAACAACAAUCACAUCCAAACGGAAUGAUUUGUCGAAAUGGUGAAAAUGGUGUGAGAAACGAGGAUGACGCACAAAUUGCGGAAUUCGCCAAAACUGUCAGCGAAAAGGAUAAGAAGAUCAAAGCGGCUGCGGCGGAGCACAAAGCCAAGCAGACGCGAAAAGCGAGGACGAAAAAAGUGGUGGUGAUUGCGGCGGCGGCGCAGCAAGCUGGACCGACUGGAAUGAUUGCACAGCCACCGGAGAUUAUGACGAAUUAUUUGCCGCCGAAUAGCGGCGCCGCUCCGCAAUUUAUUCAACAACAACAACCGCCACCGUCUUCUUCUUGA